CACAUUGUACUUGCAGGAACUUAUUUUUCAGGCAAGGAUCAUCCAGAAUUGUGAGGUUCUUUUAUCGAGAAUAAGUUUCAGAUGGGCAGACUGACAAAGUAAAGGAAAUGUCCUGGAGUACAGUUUUAUUGUUGAUUCAAGCUGGGAUCCUCAUUUCCAAUCAUGUUGGUGCUGUUGAUGUAUGCAAUAAACUUAAAGUGAGCAAUUGCCAGGAAUGUAUUCAGUCAGGCCCAGCCUGUGCCUGGUGCAAGAAGGUGAAUUUCACUAAAGCUGGUGAGCAAGACUCUGCGCGGUGUGACACCACCGAGGUAUUAGUCAGCCGAAACUGCAGUAAUGCAGACAUCAUCCAUCCCAGGAGUCGAAUUUCGGAACAGACGCAAAGACCAUUGGAUGAUAACACCCAACUGACACCUCGUGAUAUUCAUCUUCAGCUAAGACCAGGUGAAACACAGGAGUUUCAAGUGAAAUUCAGACGAGCAGAGGGCUACCCAGUAGAUCUCUACUAUCUUAUGGAUCUCUCUUACUCCAUGGUGGAUGACUUGCAGAAUGUGAAAAAACUGGGAAGUGAACUCAUUAAAGCUUUGAAUUCUAUUACAAAAUCAGCACGGAUAGGUUUUGGCUCAUUUGUGGAUAAAACCGUGCUGCCAUUUGUGAGCACACAUCCAGAAAAUCUGAAACAUCCGUGCCCAGAAAAAAAGGAAAAUGUUGUGUGCCACCCUCCCUUCUCCUUCAAGCACAUACUUACCCUUACUCCUGAUGGAAAAAGGUUUGAAGAAGAAGUUGGAAAGCAGGAAAUUUCUGGAAACCUGGAUGCCCCAGAAGGUGGCCUUGAUGCAAUGAUGCAGGUGGCAGUUUGUGGGGAUAAGAUUGGCUGGAGAAAUGUUACCAGGCUCCUGGUCUAUGCCACAGAUGACGGUUUCCAUAUUGCCGGAGAUGGAAAACUGGCAGCGAUUCUUACCCCAAACGAUGGCAAAUGUCACCUGGAAGAUAAUAUGUACGCCGAGAGCAACCAGUUUGAUUAUCCAUCCGUUGGGCAGUUGGCCCAGAAACUUUCAGAGAAUAAUAUCCAAGCUGUAUUUGCCGUCACAUCCAAGAUGGUAAACACAUAUACGGCCCUUAAGGAAUUGAUUCCCAAGUCGGUGGUCGGAGUACUAUCACAAGAUUCCAAUAAUGUUGUACAGCUGAUAACGGAUGCCUAUCAGAACCUGAGUUCAGAGGUCAUUCUGAAUCAUGGAUCUACACCAGAAUUUCUAGAAAUUCUAUAUGAUUCCUUUUGUGCUGAUGGAAAAACAGUUGAUCAGCCUGAAGGGAGGUGUAACAAUGUGAAAAUCAAAGAAGAGAUAAGCUUUAAUGUGAAGGUCAAAGCCAUGAAGUGCCAACCAGGUCAGAGCUUUGUCAUUCGUCCCCUGGGGUUCACUGACACACUUACUGUAAGCGUCUCAACCAUAUGUGAUUGUCAAUGUAAUGACUCCAGUCAACCUGGGGAGUGCAGCUCAAAUGGGAAAGCUGUGUGCGGAAUCUGCAGCUGCAAUGAAGGUCACGUGGGCAAGAACUGUGAGUGUCGUACCGGAGGAAAGACAAGCCAGGAGCUGGAACAGAGCUGCCGAAAGGAUAAUAACUCAGACGUAUGCACCGGAUUGGGGGACUGCAUAUGUGGACAAUGUUACUGCCAUCAAUAUUUGGAAGAUCCCACUAAAGUGGACAGUGGCCAGUACUGUGAAUGUGGCAACUACGGAUGUGAACUUUCUGGUGGGAAAAUAUGUGGAGGAGAAGGUUUUUGUAAAUGUGGUGAAUGCAUAUGUAAUCCAGGAUUUGAAGGCACUGCUUGUCAGUGUAGAAGAUCCACAAGAAACUGUUUGAACCAAAGGGAAUCUCUGUGCAGCGGGCGAGGGAAGUGCAACUGCAACAUCUGUGAGUGCAAAUCCGGAUAUCUCCUACCUUUCUGUGAACUGUGUCCAGGCUGUCCUUCACAAUGCCAAAGGUUUGGUCCCUGUGUGGAAUGUCUAAUAUCUCAAGAAACAGGGAAUUCUCUGAACUGCUCCAGUAGUUGUAUUGGUGUAACCCCCACGAGAACGGUCAAGAUAGAAGAGGAAACAUUCUGCAGGGAAAAGGAUUCAAAUAAUUGUUGGAUGCAAUAUGUUAUAAAGGAGGAGGACGGAGUGGACAAGUACUCAAUAACUUAUAGUGAAAAGAUAGAAUGCCCUGAGGCUCCUAAUGUAAUUGCAAUAGUAGGCGGCACCAUUGCUGGAGUGAUUGCGAUUGGUCUGUUAUGUCUAAUCCUAUGGAAGAUCGUGGUGGAAGUAAAUGACCGAAAAGCAUAUCAAAUAUUUGAACAGGAGAAAGCAAAGGCGAAAUGGAACAAGGAUGGAAAUCCGCUAUUCCAGCCAUCCACUACUACGGUGACGAACCCACUAUUUCAAGAAUGAAUGAUCAAUUCUUACAAGACAAGUCAUGAAUCCAAAUGUUUUAUUGUUAUAUCUUCACUUAUUGGGUACAUAACACCGUCUUAACCCUGAAGCACUUCAGCAAGCUGGGGUAUGGUGUGUUUCUUUAAGUGGUGAUGUGAGUUUUCUACCUACUUGCUAAAUUAAUAAUACAUUUAUAUAA